AUGAUUCUCUCUCUCUCUCUCUCUCUCUCUCUCUCUCUCUCUCUCUCUCUCUCUUUCUCGGUUAUUAAAACAUGCAUGCGAUUAUUGCCCCUCUCUCUCGGUUAUUGGAACCUGCACAUGAUUGUCUCUCUCUCUCUCUCUCUCUCUCUCUCUCUUUCCGUUAUUGAAAUACGCAUUGUCUUUCUCUUUUUCUCUCUCUUUCUCCGUUAUUGGAACCUGCGUAUGAUUCUCUCUCUCUCUCUCUUUCUUUCUCCGUUAUUGGAACAUGCGUAUGAUUUUCCCCCUCUCUCUCUCUCUUUCUCCGUUAUUGGAACAUGCUUAUGGUUUCCUCUCUCUCUCUCUCUUUCUCUCUCCCUCUAUCUCUUUCUCCGUUAUUGGAACAUGCGUAUGAUUUUCCACCUCUCUCUCUCUUUCUCCGUUAUUGGAACAUGCUUAUGGUUUCCUCUCUCUCUCUCUCUCUCUCUCUCUCUCUCUUUCUCGGUUAUGGGAACCAGCACAUUAUUGUCUCUCUCUCACUCUUUUUCCGUUAUUGAAACAUGCAUAAGAUUCUCUCUCUCUCUCUCUUUCUCCGUUAUUGGAACAUGCGUAUGGUUCCCCCCUCUCUCUCUCUCUCUCUCUCCAUCUCUUUUUCUCCGUUAUUGGAAUCUGCACAUGAUUGUCUCUCUCUCUUUCUCCGUUACUGAAAUAUGCAUUGUCUCUCUCUUUAUCUCUCUCUCUCUCUCCCUUUCUUCGUUAUUAGAACCUGCAUAUGAUUCUCUCUCUCUCUCUCUCUCUCUCUCUCUCUCACUCUUUCUCCGUUUCUUCUUUAUGUGCAUGGUAGCUCCCCACUCUCUCUCUCGGUUACUGGAACAUGCAUAA